CGGGGUCCUUCUCUAGGGCGGUCGCACAGGCAGCGGUUGUGUGAAACCGGGCUCAGGCAACAUGUACUACAAGUUUAGCGGUUUCACGCAGAAGUUGGCUGGAGCUUGGGCUUCGGAAGCCUAUAGUCCGCAGGGGUUAAAGCCAGUGGUUUCCACAGAAGCACCACCUAUCAUAUUCGCCACACCGACUAAGCUGACCUCCACUGUGACAGCGUAUGACUAUGCAGGGAAGAACAAAGUUCCAGAACUGCAGAAGUUCUUCCAGAAGGCUGACGGUGUGCCCAUCCACCUGAAACGAGGCCUUCCCGACCAAAUGCUUUACCGGACCACCAUGGCGCUGACUCUCGGAGGGACCAUCUACUGCCUGAUCGCCCUCUACAUGGCUUCACAGCCCAAAAACAAAUGAAUUAGCCUGUGGGGACUGGUUUGCUUUGUGGCAUAAACCCUUUGAAUUUUCAGUUUUCUGAUUUUUUUCCCACUUGGAUGGUCUACUAACAUUUUUGCAAACAAAGGAAAAGAUAAGAGCACAAGCGUUUCGGUUAUUUAUGAAAUGCAGACAAACCUCUUGGAUGUCAGACUCUUUCGACAGUUAAGACUGUCGUUUGAGGGGGUGACACUGAGCCAUAUUUGUGCUCCUGAUUUCCCUGGAGGCUCUGGAUGGAAGUAGCUCCCUGCCUCAUUAAUGGCAGAGAGCCUGUGCUCAGGGCGUCUGGGACUCCAGGCUGUGUCUCAGCAGAAACUCCAGAAGCCUUUCUGGGUUAGCUGUGACUGAGGGAGGAAGACAGCAGCUGGAGAGGUCCGGCAUAUGAAAUGAGGGCUUCAAGUUAGUCUUCUGGGGACUUUUUCCACCUUGUGAGAUGUUAGUAGAAAUAUUUGCAGUCUGCCUGUUGUUUGGGCAGUUUGUUUCCAAGGGUUAUUGCUGCACCCAGCCCCUUAAUGAAAUGUUAUUUCUCCAUCAUGGAAAAGAGAACACUUGUCAGUGUCGCGCUUUAGAUGGCUGGACCAGAAAUUCUUCAAUAAUGCUAUGGCUUUAAGUCAUGAUUUAUUUGACUGUGGAAUAAAUACAUGAAUAAUAA